CCCCCCCCCCCCCAAGCUUUCUCCUCUUCUUCGUGAGUUCCCCAGCUGCGGCGGCCUCAUCGAUUUCUAGGGCAAAAAUCCGCUCGAAUCCCCCGGCGAUUUGCGGCUCUCAGGCGGUGGUAGGAGGAUUCGCUCGAAGGAUUCCGCCGCGUGCUAGUAUUGAGAUGGCGGGGCGCAAGGAGACUGCACUCGACCUGGCGAAGUUCGUCGACAAGGGCGUCCAGGUGAAGCUCACCGGCGGCCGGCAAGGUUGAUUUCACAUCCCAAGGAUUGAUCUGGUCAACUAGUUGAGGUCGAGUCCAUGUCUGAAGCAGCACAAACGAUGGAAGGGGGAGGGGAUAUCAACAUGCUCCGGGUACUUGUGGCGACUGACUGCCAUCUAGGCUACAUGGAGAAAGAUGAGAUACGUAGGUUCGAUUCCUUUCAAGCAUUUGAAGAGAUUUGCUCAUUGGCAGAUCAAAAUAAGGUAGAUUUUAUACUUCUUGGUGGUGAUCUAUUCCACGAGAAUAAGCCGUCACGCUCAACCCUGGUGAGAACUAUUGAGAUCCUACGACGCUACUGCCUAAAUGACCAACCAGUGAAGUUCCAGGUUGUCAGUGACCAGACAGUUAACUUCCCAAACAGAUUUGGACAAGUAAAUUAUGAAGACCCAAAUUUCAACGUUGGCUUGCCUGUUUUCACUAUCCAUGGAAAUCACGAUGACCCAGCUGGAGUGGACAAUCUCUCAGCCAUCGAUAUUCUUUCGGCUUGCAAUCUUGUAAAUUAUUUUGGAAAGAUGGACCUUGGUGGCUCUGGUGUUGGCCAAAUAGCAGUUUAUCCUGUACUCAUAAAAAAGGGCAUAACUUCAGUUGCGCUUUAUGGUCUUGGUAACAUUAGGGAUGAACGACUAAACAGAAUGUUUCAGACACCUCAUUCAGUACAGUGGAUGCGGCCUGGAACUCAAGAUGGAGACUCAGUAUCUGACUGGUUCAAUAUAUUGGUUCUUCAUCAGAACAGGAUAAAGACAAACCCUAAAAGUGCCAUCAACGAGCAUUUCUUACCACGUUUUCUGGACUUUGUUGUGUGGGGCCAUGAGCAUGAAUGCCUUGUUGAUCCUCAGGAGGUCCCUGGGAUGGGUUUCCACAUCACUCAACCAGGCUCAUCAGUUGCGACCUCCCUGAUAGAUGGGGAAGCAAAACCAAAGCAUGUUCUUUUGUUAGAGAUCAAGGGAAAUCAGUAUAGGCCAACCAAAAUACCUCUCAGAUCUGUCAGACCUUUUGAAUAUGCUGAGGUUGUGUUAAAGGAUGAAGCAGAUGUUGAUCCCAACGAUCAGGCCUCUGUGCUUGAACACUUGGAUAAAAUUGUGAGAAAUUUGAUUGAGAAGAGUAGCCAACCAACAGCCAGCAGAUCAGAGUCCAAACUUCCAUUAAUUAGAAUUAAGGUAGAUUACUCCGGGUUUUCAACAAUAAACCCACAACGUUUUGGUCAGAAAUAUGUAGGAAAGGUGGCAAACCCUCAAGAUAUUCUCAUUUUUUCAAAAUCUGCAAAGAAGCGUCAGACUGCAGGAGACCAUAUUGAUGAUUCUGAGAAACUUCGUCCUGAGGAACUAAACCAACAAACAAUUGAAGCUUUGGUUGCAGAGAGCAACUUGAAAAUGGAGAUUCUUCCGGUGGAUGACUUGGACAUUGCUUUGCAUGAUUUUGUGAACAAGGAUGACAAGAUGGCAUUUUAUUCAUGUUUGCAGCGAAAUCUUGAGGAAACCAGGAGUAAGUUGAGUUCUGAAGCAGAUCAAUCUAAAAUCGAGGAAGAAGAUAUAAUAGUCAAAAUUAGUGAGUGCAUGCAGGACCGUGUAAAGGAAAGGUCCCUUCGCUCCAAGGAAGGCUCACGGUUCACGUCAAGCUCUCAAAACUUGGAUACUGGAGGCAAAUCCGUUGCAGCUCUAAGCAGCCUGAACUCCUUCACUGAUGAUGAAGACACCAGGGAGAUGCUUCUUGGUGCAAGAUCAACUGAUGUUGGCAGAAAAUCAUCUGGAUUUACUAGACCUUCCAAAGCUAGGACUGAUGUUACUAAACGUGGGGCUCCCAAAAGGGGCAGGGGAAGAAGCACCAGCUCAAUGAAGCAGACCACUCUUAGUUUCAGUCAGCCGAGGUCAAGUACCGUCAUCCGCAGUGAGGAGGUAGCAUCCUCCUCAGAGGAGGAAGCAGAUGCAAAUGAAGUUGUUGAAAAUUCAGAAGAGGAGAGUGCGCAACAAGUCGGGCGUAAAAGGGCAGCUCCUAGAGGCAGAGGCAGAGGUCGAGGUUCUACUGCGAAGAGGGGGAGAAAAACAGAUAUUGCUUCCAUCCAAAGUAUGAUGAGCAAAGAUGAUGAUGAUUCAGAAGAUGAGCCGCCCAAGAAAGCUCCUCGGCCCGCCAGGAACUAUGGGGCUGUCAAGAGGAGAUGAUCUUUUAGGAAGUUCUUGGCUUCUUGCCCUUGAGAAUACAGGCUAGGGUUUGUGAGUUGUCUUAGAAGAGCCGGCUAGCUUGCAUCUACAUGGACGAUGGUUUGUUUUGCCGGUGAACUAACUGUACCUUUACACGCUCGAGUGUAUCGGAAUUAUACAUGCUUAUAGAUGCUAAAUCCCAACCGUUGGAUUGUACAUGUCAUUCAUGUCACGCAUGAAUUUUGACCAGGGAUGUUGGAGGGUGUUCGUCAAAGCUCGCCUGCGUGUGUAUAUAUUCCAUAAUCCAUCGAUGUUGUGCAUA